AUGGAAGUGGGACCGAGUAAAGAACAGAGCAAGGUCCGCACUGACACAGAAUGGGCUCCACUCAGAGUGGCUCUGGAGACAGCAUUCGCAGGACGUAGCGGAGACAGGGAAGGCCAGAGCGUGGCUGAUUUUUGUGUUGUGCUCGAGAAGCUGGGAAGGCAAGCCAAUCCUACCGCUUCGGUAGGGGACCGGUCACUCGAGUAUGCACAAAUUUUGAUGGAUAAUUUGAGGGGAUGGCCGGAGCAUACGCAACUGCUCACCGCAAUUCACAGCGUAGAGCCACAGGAAGCCUAUAAUACAGUAAAGCAGCUAGCGUUAAGCAUAGAGCAAUCAAAGGAAAUGCUCGAUGGUGGAAACGAAAUUAAGAGGUACAAUUGGAAAAAGAGGUAUCAGUUCCAUGAGCACAGUGGGAAAGAACUACAAGAGCCAGACGAACAAAGGACAAUAACUGUGAACAGCAGGACAGAUAUGAGUAGAUGUGUGGAAGUGGAUCAAAAUAGAGCUACAAGAGGAGUGGCAUGGAGGAAGACAAGUUGUUCGGGGAAGCCGGCUUGUCAAGAAAAGCUCUAUACAGGGCUUGGAAGGCCUGAGGAAAGAGGAGGCACGGAUCAGAGAAGAUGUUUCAAUUGUAGAAGAUAUGGACAUAUUGGGAGAGAGUGUCCGUAUAAGCGCACGCAAGUAAACCAGAUUGAGAAAACUAAGGGGUUCCUGCAAAACGGAAAACAGGAUAACCUAACCGAAGUGAUAGGUAAAGCGACGAGCCUAGGACUUAAGGUAUAUAUGGGGAGUAAAGGUUCAUUGGUAGGUGAGAAAUGUGCGGCCCAAAUAAGCAUGCUAAAUCUGCAGGUACCAGCUAUACUGGACACAGGGUCGAUGAUUAGCAUUGUUCCUGUGGGGGUGCUGGCACGCGCGAAGAAGGCAGGUUAUGACGUAGAUGUUUUAGAGGUGAUACCCGACAGAAAGUUAAACCAGGUAUAUGACGCCUCGACCAACAGGAUGAACUUCCUGGGAGCUGUUAAAGUCCCUGUAAAAUUAGAAGGGGGAAAGAAGAGCAUAGUAGCAUUCCACAUAUCGGAUGUCAAGGAUGAUGAUGUACUGAUCGGCACGAAUGCAUUGGCAGCCUUGGGAGUCGAUAUAAUACUCAAAACGGAGGAAAGGCAACAGGAUGUGCUCGACGGGAAAAGAGUAGUAGUAACAAAGCGGGUGUACAUUCCUCCACAUAACUCAAUACUAGUGCCGGCGCGAUGUGAAGGAGGCAGUGAACUAGGAGAGAGGGUAGUGUGGCCAAGUAGGGAGGACCUACCCGUCGGGGUGUUCACAGUGAAGAAUCAGGAACUGGACAUUCCAGUCAUGAACACCACGGAGAAGCCAAUGAUUCUUGAAGAAGGAGAGGAGUUAGGACAAUGGGGAACAGAGAAGUGGAAAAGUAAGUGGGAAGAAAUGAAUCUACUAAUGAUGGACAGUGAGAUACCACACCUCGAUAGGGAGGAACGCCGUAACAUCCUGUAUGCACAGCUGAGGGAAGGUUCCAAGAUCAAGUUCUGGAAGGAUGGAGCCGUUUGUAUGGACCCAGAUGGAUUGAGGAAACUAUUGCGAGUGGCGUAUAAAAGAUGCAUCGACUGGACUGAAUUCAUUUGCGAAAACGAAGGAAUAAGGCGCCACGAAAGGAUCGAUAAUUACGGGUUUGACAGGAUCUACGACGCAGCCUUUAGAAGAGCCAAAAUGGAAUUAGAAGGCGAAGAACAAGGCCAUGGACCGGUAAAGGAAGGCGGCGCAGCAUUUGCAGCCCCAGCGUCAGCACUGUUAUUGGAACGAGAUGGUCCGAAGCGAGGCAUUCUCACAAGAGUUGCCACCACCUUCACCCAGCUAAAGGAAGUCUUGCAGGAAUGGAAGGACUACCGCACAUGGGUCAUCGUCUGGCCGAAAGACCAACUGGCAGUGAACAGUGACUUAUGCGAGGUAAUGAAAACGUGCGUGCAGCAGUUUGAAGAAGGUGGAAAAAUCGUGACUGUGUGGCCCCCUAUAAUGGAGAAAAUCGCGGACGAAUGGAAAAAGCUUAUAGAACUAUGGGAAGUCCUCGAUCAGACGUUGCUGCACCAGGCUAAACCAGGACAAUGCAUAGUCACUGCCGGAACGAAGGUGGAGGACGGCAAGAUUAUGAUUGAAGCAGGAGCACCAGAAAGCUGUUUGUUCUACUACAGUGCUUCGGAUCUUCCUGUCGCCUGCGCAAAGAUACUAUACGAGGCCGUGAGAAGAAGAGUCGCGAAACAGAUGACGCUGCCUGAAUUAAAGAGGAAUGACCCGCCGAUGAGGUCAUCGGCUCCCGAAGGGGGGAGCGUGUGGAGAGGGCCGUUCGAUAGAUCGACGUACGAAAAGCCCGCGAAGCGAAGUUAUGGCGGGAACCACAGGGAUAUUUAG